AUGCCAGCGAAAGCGCCCAUAUACCUGAAACCUACCAACAGCAAGAAGGGGAAAAAAUGUCGCCUGAGAGAUAUCUUAUCACCUGACAUGAUCAGUCCCCCACUCGGGGACUUUCGUCACACCAUCCACAUUGGCAGAGGUGGGGAGCGAGACGCCUUCGGAGACAUGUCCUUCCUUCAAGGGAAGUACGAGCUUUUGCCGGGAAAGGCAAAUAUCCACCCUCAGUACGGCAUCCAGAGCGAGCUCCUGCGAGCAAACAGCACAGGCGAUGCCUCCUUUGCCGAGACCCCCUCUCCGGUCCUCAAGAAUGCAAUCUCACUGCCAACCAUAGGUGGCUGCCAGGCCCUCACCCUUCCAUUGCUUUCCUCCACCGUCUUCUCCAUGCCACCAGAGCCGCUGGACGACAUCAUGGGGUCCGCAUCUCCUGUGAAGGCAGACAGCGCAGAGGAGGUGGAGAUCCUGCAGAUGGACGCCCUGCUACGCUCCAUGGAUGUCUUCAGCAGCGAGCCCUCGUCCCCCUUCACAGACAUCCCAUCAAAGCCCGAUGUCCUUUUAGACCUGCUGGAGAAGAGGGAUAAACCCACUUCCAAAUCAGUCAGCAAGGCCAACAAGCUGAACAAGCCCACCUCCUAUUACAUCAGCGGUAACACCGACAGCAUCUAUACGGCAAACGGAAGCCUGGACAGCACCACAAGCAGCGACAGCUUCGACAGCUACACCGGCAAAGGGGGCUUCCAGAGGGAGAUCUGCAACGGCACCGGGAGUCUCAAUGGAAAUGGCAACUGCAACGGCUAUGGACACCUUAACAAUGACAUUGCCCUGGGUUUUAAGCAGCAGAUCUCCAAGCGCAAUGGAGAGUGGGUGGACAGGGACAGUGGGGUGGAGGAGGGACGCAUGUGUGAUCUUGAGUUUGAGCUCUCCAACGAGAAGAGCACGUCACAGGACUCCCUCACCCAGAUCACAGGGUCAUUCCUCUCCCUCGAACUUGAUCUGGGCCCGUCCAUCCUGGACGAUGUGCUGAACAUCAUGGACAAACCCACAGCAAAGAGCCGGCCUUAA